CUUUCCUUUCAUAAAAGGACAUUUAGAUCUCUUAAGUUCCACCUUAAAUAUUCAAUUUCAAACUGCUUUUGAUUUCAAUUGAAAAGCAAUUAGCUAGCUAGGGAAACAUACACACAUACAAGACCAAUAUCCAUCAUCCAUGUAUUUCAGCUACCUCCGGUACCAGCUGGCGUUCAUCAUCAGGAGGUUCAUAUUUCUAUACGUACCACUAGUUGUAGUACUACUACUUGGUGAUCAUCAUCGAGGUGGUGGUGGUGGUGGUGGUGGUGGUUUAGCCGUGGUGGAGGCAGGGGGGCUGGCAUGCAACUGGGGGUUGCGCGCAACACAUCCACUCCCACCUAACAUAGUGGUCAAGUUAAUGAAGGACAACGGCUUUGACAAAGUGAAGCUCUUUGAAGCUGAUCCUGGGGUCAUGAAGGCUCUUGGGAAUUCCGGUAUCCAGGUUAUGCUCGGGAUACCCAAUGACUUCUUAGCACCCCUUGCUAGCGGCGUUGGAGUCGCUGAGGAUUGGGUCUCCCAAAAUGUUUCCUCCUUUAUUUCCAAAUAUGGUGUAGAUAUAAGGUAUGUAGCUGUUGGCAACGAACCUUUCCUGAAGACGUAUAACGGCACAUACCUGAAAACAACAUUUCCAGCACUUGAAAAUAUUCAAGCUGCGUUGAUCAAAGCUGGGUUAGGCCGACAGGUGAAGGUUACCGUCCCUCUAAAUGCAGAUGUCUACCAGACACAGAGUGGCCUACCCUCUGGGGGUGACUUUCGAUCUGACAUCCGUGGUCUCAUGAUCUCCAUUGUCAAAUUCCUAAGCAACAACGCUGCCCCCCUAACCAUUAACAUCUACCCAUUCCUCAGCCUCUAUGACGACCCCCAUUUCCCAGUUGAAUUCGCCUUCUUCUCUGGCACUUCUUCCCCUGUUGUUGACGGCCCUAUAUCUUACACCAACGUCUUCGAAGCCAACUUCGACACCCUUAUUUGGGCUCUUGAAAAAAAUGGUUUUGCAUCCAUGCCCAUCAUUGUUGGCGAGGUCGGAUGGCCAACUGACGGCAACCUCAAUGCCAACAACGACAACGCUCGCAAGUUCAAUCAAGGUUUGAUCAACAGGAUAAUUCAAGGCCAAGGCACUCCCAAACGGAAAUCCCCGCCUGACAUCUAUUUAUUUGCACUCAUCGACGAAGAUGCCAAGAGCAUCGAUCCUGGGAAUUUCGAGCGGCACUGGGGUAUGUUCUACUACGAUGGAACCCUGAAAUACCCUCUGGCUCUGGAUUUAGCUUCUGGUGGCAGUCGUAAUAAUCGAACUCUGGUAGCAGCCAAGGGUGUCCGAUAUUUGGCAAGGCAGUGGUGUAUAAUGGCUCCAGAAGCAAGUGUUUCGGAUCCCAAUUUGUUAAGUAGCAUCAAUUACGCUUGCACUUAUGCAGAUUGCACCAGUCUUGGAUAUGGAUCCUCUUGCGCUGGGCUAGAUGUUAGGGGCAAUGCUUCAUACGCUUUUAACAUGUACUAUCAGACCAUGAAUCAACAGAAAGGAUCAUGUCAAUUCUCUAAUUUAUCAACCAUCACAGCUAUAGAUCCAUCCCCGCACAAUUGCCGAUUUGAGAUCAUGACUGACCUUGGAAAGCAUGAGCAGAGCACAAGUCCAAGCACUUCUUCGUCGCCACCUGGAACUGGAACUGGAUUAAUAAGCAAGCGAAACUCAAUUAUUGCCUUUGCAGCAGCAUUUCUGUCGUCAUCAUUGAUAAUUUGUUUUCUCUGAAUGACUACUGCCAUUUUCAAGGGCUCCUAAUCCCCGCCCUUCUGGUACAACGACUUGUGAAAUUCUCUUGAUUUUAGAGGAUAUUUUUUCUGAAAAUCCAUCAAGAUUCUCCAACUUAACCAGUUUGUCAAUGACGUAAAACAUUUAAUUGAAAGCUUAUGUUGUAUCCUGUCCAAUGCUAUGGAUUCAAAAUUUUUAAAUUCAGGUGAAGAAAAAAAACAAAUCAUGUCAUUUGAAUUUUGAAAGCA